AUGGGGUCUCGUAAUAAGGAAAUCUUACAUUGGUUUGAUUACAGAUUAUUAGUGAAUAAAUCAGAUUCGGAAUUGAAUGAGAAAACAAUAGCGUUAAGAAAAUGGACUAACAAGAGACUUAAAAGUGAUCGAUCUACAUUUUCAGAAGCUCUUCUAGGAAUAACAAGAAAUUUCCUGCGAAACUUUCUUCAUUACUUGGAAAAAGACUCCAAUGAAUUGGAUACGAAACUUGAUAUUAAUUCUUUUAAUGGUUUUAUUCUUCGCAUUAAAAUGCGUUUAAGCAAGCUACAAAAAUUAUUUGUAGUGUUAGAACAAUUAUAUGACAAAGAAAACAUUCAUAUUCAGCAUCAUUCAAUUGGAAUACAAUUAAUGAUAUCAUUUUUGGGGCAUAAAUAUUAUCGACAUUUAUAUGAAAUUAUCAGUUGCCAACUAAAAAAAACCAUCGAUACAGUGCAAACACCAGAUAACCGAUUGAUCACUCUCUGCCAAUAUUUUUCGGACAUUGGUUUUGACGCCAACUACAGAAAUAUGGUUGAUGCUUCUUGGAUACCAAAAGAAAAUCCCCCUCCAUCAAGAUUUAUUUUAGAAAUUCUAAAAAAGCUUGUAAUGUCGUUUGACAUAUCAAAAUCUAUUCUAGAGCCCCCUGUUUAUCCAGAGGAGAGGCUUUAUCUUUAUAUGGAACAUCUCAAUAAUUUGGUUAUAUCCAUUUACCCAGAAGAAUGUUUUUCCAUCUGUAGAAUGGCAUAUUUGGAGACAUUUGCUAAUCUAUCUUUCUAUAAGUCUUUGGUCCUGGCAAGCCUUAGUGCUGUUAAUAUAACCAAAAAAUAUGAUAAAAAAUCCGAACGAAUAAUACAAGAAGAACCUUUUUCUUCUAGUCAACUUGCUAAUGCAAAUUUAGAGAUUACAACUAGGUGGCUUCAUAAAUUAAUGAAGGAAAAUAAAAACCAACAUGAUCUUAUAUUACGCAUGUUAUUUCUUCUAACCCAAGAAAAAGAUUAUCAAUAUCAAAUAAUGAAAAACUAUCAAUUUGUUCUAAGAAAUAGCGAUGUCCCAAGAUUUAUGAAGUUAUUAGUAAGGCAUAUUCUUCUAUUUCAUCCGACGCUUAAGCUCACUGUUGUUUCAGAACAAGAUUCUAGUCAGGUAACAAAUAGUAUAUUGCAUGAAAAAGAAUGGAUAGAACGUAUUUCAUGCUUUCUACAAAAUUACCACUUAAUGCAACCUUUUGUGAAUACAUUUUUUGAGCAAUAUAUUUUAAAGAACUUAAUAAAAGGAACUAUUACUUUGGAAUCAAUCAAAUCAGCUUUAACAAACAAUUCUUUCAGUACUACACAAUUACAACGUUUUUAUUCCAUACUAAAGCAUAACCAUAGUACUUUAAACAAGACCAAAAAGUUAAUCAUAAAUUCUGCAACGACAGUCACACAAUAUACCUCAGGUGUGAGUUUGAAUAGUUGUAUUUCUUUACCAGAAUACCUAUUUCCAAGCAUCUCUAUGAAAGAGUCAGUAGACCUUCCAUUUAGCAUACCUAGCAAAUGGCUUGUUUCGCCCUCACAUGAUAUGUCACUUUUGGGCGUUCCAGUGAAAUUUCAAAAUCAGCCUCAUCUCCAGAGGGUACUAGUUAAGCCUUGGAACUUAGAGAAAACAGAUGUGCUUUUAGAUUUAAAUUUGUUUCACGCCAUAAUAUUAGAUACUUUUUUCAAUGAGCGUCCCGAAUGGUUGCUAUCGGAUAUGAUCAAAGGUCUUGAAGUAAAGAAUGUAUCGGUUUUCAGGCAUUAUCUAUCAUCAUUAGUGAAUCAUGGAAUAUUGAUUCAAAGUAAUGAUAGCUGCUAUUCCCUUAAUUUAAAAUUUGAACCAAACGCUAAACUUCUAAAGAAAGGAAUCAUCAUUGUUCCUUGA